AUGGAUGUCUGUGACCCUCAGAUGCCGAAUGUCGUGCUCUUUGGAGGUCUGAUGGUGGUAUCAGCCAUCGGGAUCUUCCUGGUGUUCACCUUCAUGGAGAAGGUCCUCCGUCCUUCUGAGGAAGCCUUGGCCAAGCAAGGCAAAGGGCUUAAGAAGACUCAGCAGAAGGAAAAAGAGAAAAAGAAGAAAGAGGAAGCUGUUGAGAAAAAAGGAAAAGGAAAGAAAAAUCAAGAGAAACCUAAUGGACAGGUCCCAGAGGCGCACCAAAGUGCUCCAAUGGUCAGCUCUGUCACCAUAAAGAAAAGCAAUGUUCUUCCAGCCCAUGAGGAGCAGAAGCAUAAUGGACCUGUCAAGAAGGUGGCUGCAUCCAAGAAGAAGAGCGAGCCAGCACCUGCGGACUCGGAUGGGCCCCUCCACCUGCCCUACAAGACGCUCGUGUCCACGGUCAGCAGCACGGUGUUCGGCGAGGGGGAGGCCCAGCGGCUCAUCGAGAUCCUGACGGAGAAAGCGGGCAUCGUCCAGGACACCUGGCACGCGGCCAAGCAGAAGGGUGACCCUGUCACUGUCCUGAAACGCCAGCUGGAGGAGAAGGAGAAGCAGCUCGCCACCAAGCAGGAGGCUGCAGCCGCUGCCAGAAACAAGGUGGAGGAGCUGAGCCAGGAGCUGGCGGCCGAGCGGGCCAAGGCGACGGCCGUGGAGGGCAAGCUGAAGGAGCAGCUGCUGGCCCGCGAGCAGGAGAUGGCAGCGGUGCAGGCACGCGUGCAGGCCAGCUACCAGGACCAUGUCAGCGAAACGCAGCAGCUGCAGGGCAAGAUCCGCACCCUGCAGGAGCAGCUGGAGAAUGGCCCCGACACGCAGCUGGCUCGCCUGCAGCAGGAGAACUCCAUCCUGAGCGAUGCCUUCUGCCAGAUCAGAAGUCAGAUGGAGAGCAAGCAAAACGCUGAGGUGGCCAGGUUACAGGAGUGGUGCGGCAAGCUGAUGAACGAGCUGUCUGAGAAGUCAGAGGUGCUGCGGCAAGAGGAGCAGCUGAGGAAGAGCUGGGAGAUGAAAGUGGCGGCCUUGGAGAGGCAGAUGGAGCAGCUGCAGGAAAAACUAGGAAAAAAAAAAAAAAGAAAGAACCGGGGCCAGGCAGCAAGCGAACUACAGGAGCGACUGAAGGUUACCCAGGACCAACUGGCCAAAGGGAGACUGAAGAAGUGUAAAGAACAGCUUCAGGAAACGGGGGAAGAGGACAGCUUGAAGGAAGGGACUUCAGUCUGACGAGUCUGUGACCUAGACCUUACCGUCACCUUACCAAAAUGCCUUACACAUUCCUAAAACGAAAACUAAAAAUAUAUGCCUGAUUUACUGUAGAAAAAAGUUGCAAGCCAUUCGUGACCUAAAACCUAGUUUUGAAACUUAAAAAAAACCCCAAACACAAAAACCCAACCAGUAAACACUGCAGGGAUAUGUUUGUAAGAAAAUCUUCAUACUGUUUUGUACAACUACCGUUUGUUCCCAAGGGCACCGCACCGACCACAUCGGGGCAGGCAGAACCCACAAAUCUGUGAAAAGGGAAGACUCUGUUUGUACAUCAACUGGUGAUUUUUUUUUUUCCUUUCUUUUUUACUUUUUUUGUUUUGGUUUGGGUUUUUUUGUUUGUUGGAGUGGAAGAAGUGUGAAAGUGAGACCCAGCAUGGAAGGAAGCCUCUCUUUGAUGGGUGGCUCUUGGCGCGUAUCCUUUUGUGUAUUUCUGGGUGUCGAUGCAUUUACAAUGAUGUAGUGAAAAGAGCUUAUUCUUGCUUCAUUUUCCGGGUUAUUAUUUACUAAUUUUUUAUUAAGUUUGCAAGCCAGCCAGGUGUUUGGGGUCACUGAAGAAGGACCCUGCUGUGGCCGGGAGCAGAUCCUUUACUCCCCCGCCUUGCUUGCUGUGCUGCAAACAGCCAUCCCCUCUGUUUUUUCUCCAAGAUACGCAAAGGAGAGAAGCCUUCCCUUCCAGCCACGAGUGUUCUCACACUGGCGGUGCACCCCGAGGUCCCCUGCCACGGGGUCAGGCUGAGCGUGGGGACAGGGCAGAGCAGCGUGAGCGUGGGGACAGGGCGCAGCAGCACAGCCUCGCCAGCCCAGCGCAGGCUGCUCCUGCUCUCUUAAGCCUCAGCGCACCCCAGAAAUUCUGUCCCUGCGGGUGCUGCGUGGUGGUGGUCCUUGGGCACUGCCAGGCUCUUCAGCCUUCUCUCUCCCCUUCUUGUGGCUUUCCUGUUGAAACUCCACACAAACCCACCCUUUUUCCCCCGAGUUUUCUUCUUUUUAAAUAAUUUUUCUUUUUUUAUUUCAAGUUGGUUUAUUGGGAAAUGGCAGAGACCACGUCACAGCUUGGUGCCUGCCUCCUCACAAUAAAGCUGCUGAGCCCGGCGCUGACAUCAGCGGGAUUUGAGGAGCUGGUGGGGGGAAAAGGCCCCCAGAGUACUUGGUACCUCUGGGGGGUGUGAAGAACCAAGGCCAGGAAGGGGGAUGAAGGCCAGACCCGCCUCCCUUUUGUUCCCAGAGAAGUCUGCGUGUGCUCAGCCUCUAUAUUAGACACACCAGAGAUUCCACGCAGGCAGGACUGGGUAGACACGUGUCCUGUCCCCCCAGCACUGCAGCUUUGGGGGUCACGAUGGAGAAGGGAUGUGCAAAUCACACUUGGGCUCUGGGGUAUGUGCGUGACCUGUCUCUGAUCAGGCAAGAAAAAGGGGUCCUGCUGAAUUCUGGCUGAGGGAACGGCAAGCUGAGAGCCCACCCCCCACCCCCACCCCCACUGCCUGGUGAUUAACAGUGGUCAAUUAAUUACAGAGCAGACUCCAGCUGCUUAGAGUGCUUUCUCCUGUGUCUGGGAACACAGAUCCUUGCGUCUUCUACUUCAUGAGAAAGGAAUGCCUCCUGUGUCUUUGGCUGUACCCUGUUUCAUAAUAAUGCCAAUGGAAGUGCCUGAGGCCACUUUAGACUGGUUUCUUGACAAAUUCUACUUAUUUGUCGUUUUAAUGUUUGAUUCAUCCUUUCCACUUUCCCACUAGAUUGUGGCCUCCAAGACGCAUGUAAAUCCCAAUUAAUACCCAAUACUUUGCUAACACUUUGGACUACUUCAGCAACAAAGUGUGGACCUCUGUCAGAGGAAAUUCCAAUAGGAACUCCAAAUCUCGGAAUUAUUUCUUGUAAUAACCACUUCACAACCUCUUUUUGCUUGUGUGGUGUGACAGGGAAGGGCUUCUGGCCAUCCUGUAAAAGUAUCAACCCUUACCAGGAUGUACUGGUACCCAUUUUGUCUAGGUAGCUCUGAAAAAUCUACUUGCCAAUAAUCUCCAGGUUCUGUACCAGAUUUCAGUCUGCCCAUUUGAACCUUUUUCUUAAUC